CUCUCCCCGCAGAGUCGUGUGGAUUUACUACCAGAAAGCAGCCUUUAUUUGUGUCUGCUGAGCACAGCAGAUUAAAAAACACGCCAGGAAUCUAAACGCUCGCUCACCGUCUCUACUGUGUGGGUUUGAAUUUAAGGACCCUCUGGGUUUUUUUCUGCCUUUAUUUUCAUUUUUAACUCUUUGAAGAAGACACAAAGGAGGAUGGGUGCUCAGUUGACUAAAGGUGAAGCUACAGUGGACGGAAAAGCCGUGGCUGAGAAAGCCAAUGGUCAGGAAAAUGGCCAUGUGAAAACCAAUGGUGAUGUAUCUACCAAGCCAGAUGGAGAAGCCGUGGCAGCAGAUGGAAAUGGAACUGCGGAAGUUGCCAAGGAGGAGGCCGCCAAGACGGAGGCGGGAGAUGGCAUCGAAGCCGCCCCUGCUACCGAAGGCGACGCCGCCAAAUCCGACGGCGAAGCUGCAAAGGAAACCAAGAAGAAGAAGAAAUUCUCACUGAAGAACUCCUUCAAAUUCAAGGGCAUUUCCCUGAAGAAGAACAAGAAGGAAAGCCAGGAGGCAGCGGAGCCCGCAGCCACGCCCACUGCCGAAGACAAACCCGAGGAGAACAGCCAGGCUGCUACAGAGACCAAAGAGGAGGAGCCUGCUGCGGCAGAAACCAAUGAGACACCGGCACCUGAGGCGGAGCCGAAAGCAGAGGAGGAGGAGCCUAAAGCAGAAGAGCCCGCCCAGGAAACAGAAGCCACACCCACAGAGGAGACCACAAAAUCUGACGAGACCCUGGCCCCUGCUGAAGAGACCACGCCCACCACAGCCUCGGACCCGGAGCCGGCUGCAGAGUGACCUCACUUCACUGUGGCAACCUAGACUGUUUAUCUUUAUCCUUUUUUUCUUUUUGAGAUUGAAAUAUAUAAAUAUAUAUAUAUAUAUAUAUAAAUAUAUGAGACUUAGGCCACAAUCUUAAAGUUACAGCAAUACUACAGAGAAACCGAGUUCUUUUACCAUCUUUGCUGAUAACGGUCAAGAGCGUUUUUUUGGGGAAUCGGGCCGGAAAUGGCUCUGUGUAUGGAUUGGAACGACUGAUGGAAUUUCCGCCUCAGAGGAAGAGCUGCGGAUGGAAGAACGUGGCUCCCUGUUCACAGUCUUUUCAGUCAUUUUUCUCUUUUAAACUUUAUCCGAUCCUUGAUUUUUCAGGGCUGAUGAGUAAAAUGACAAAUUGUCCUCUUAGGAGAUGGUUAGGGGGAGAUGUAAAACUACAACAAAAAAAAAACUUUUUUUAAAUGUUUGAAUAGCUCUACAUUCCAAUUUUUAGCCCUGAAAACUGUAGGGUGUUAGAAGAUCUGGGCAAGUGAAUAGGUUUUAGUCUUAGCCUGUUUUUAAUGAUGUUUUACAGUUUAAAUCAGAUCCAGCUACACAUUUCAAAGUUUAUGACAAAGGGGAAUUAAACCACUGCUUUUAUCAAAUAUAUAUAUAUUUUUGUUCUGUUAAGUCUCUGUACAUACAUUUUCUGAUUCUUUAUUUUGCUAACAUUUCCAGGUGUUAAUAAGAUGUUGUACGAUUAGGCCAAAUAAAUGUUUGACCCCCCCCGCC